UUUGAUGCAGUCGCACAGAGCUCGCGCUCCUUCUCGUCCAACUCCAGCCUCGUGAACUUCUCGAGAUGUUAACACUUUGUGGCCUGUUUCGGUCUCAGACUCCAUUUUGAAGCGAGCAAACCCAUAACAAGAAAACAAAAAAAACCGUGAAUCCAACGUGCGCAUCAUACAACAAAAAAACAAAACAAAAAACACGCAAUAAGCUUAAUACCCCGAGUCACGUGCAAACGUGAGCCGCGUGGACCUGCGUGGGUCUGAUUGAUGACGUGACUUCAAAGCACUUUUAAAGUUGUGUCCGAGGCAAGGGGCCGAUACGGAUGCUUGAAUGAUCGGACGUCCUCCAGAAAAGCUGAACAUCUUCAUUCUUAUCAUAUGGAAAACAUCACCUAUUGCACUUGUUCUGAAGCUCAGCCUUCAAGUCUCGCUUCCACAUAGCGGAAUCCAAAACGAAGGACUGCUGACGGUUCUCCAAGGACCUCCAGACCUCCAAGGAAAACUCUCUGGAUCUGAUUUAGAAUCCACACAGUCCACGAGUACGAGUAAUGAGUUGACUCAAUGGCACUUUAAGCUUCUUGAAACGUACAAAACAUGGACACAGCUUUGCCUGAUUCUAGAACUGAAGAUAGUACUUGCAUGUCUCCUCCCAGUCCGGCGUUCAGUCUCGAUUCGUCCAGUCCGUUCGCAAACAGCUUACAUUUUGAGUCGAUUUUGUUCGAGGAUGAGGAGGAAGAUGAAGACACAGGCCUGAGGUCUUUGCCUGAAAAGCCUUGUAGCAGCAAUACAGAAGAUACAAAUCUAAAGCAGAAAUGCAGACUUUUGGAUAGACACCAUGGUCCAUCUAAAGGCAAAAAAAGAACAAAGGCCUGUAGGUCAGGAAAACAUGACUUGGAAGAGUCAGAGCAUGGCGACUACGAUCCAGGAUCUCUGGAGGGCAUCCGUGAUGACGAAAUGGCGAUAAACAAUGCUAAGCCGAAGCCUCUUCCACCAGUAAAGUACCUUGAAGGUGAAGUUACCUGGGUCAAGUUCAACCGUAGGCCUUGGUGGCCAUGCCGCGUGAUCAGCGAUCCUACACUGGAAACAUAUCACCGAAUAAAAAAGUCGAGCGAUAAUCCCUGUCGCCAAUAUUAUAUUAAGACGUUUGGGAAACCUGAGGAAGAGGCCUGGGUCUCUGAGAAAGCCAUGCAUAUAUUUGUUGGUGAAUAUCAGUUUCACAAUCUCCCCGGUCCACAGCGAGGGGUGCCCACACGCUUUCUGAGCUCGUGGAGUUGUAGUGUUGCUGAGGCUGAGGCGCAUUUCCUGGAUAAGCCCAAGAUACCCGUUCUAAUGUCCGAAUUAGAAGAAACGAGCUCAGCUAAUGGAAAAACGAAAAGUCAAGAAGUCAAGGUGUCUAACUCCCGGUUGCUCCCGGGAAUCCCUGAAAACGGUUGCCAAGCCAAUGGGAAGAUUUCACAUAAAGACCGAAGCGCUUUGAGCAAGUCGAAAUGCAAAAAGAAGCCAAAGAAGUCCUCUGCUGUGUUUUUUACAAAGUAUGACAAGUUAGUCUGUGGAAAGACAAGCGAAGACGAGGUGCUGGAUAAUCCCUAUUCCGACAUCGACUCCGUGCCGCAAAUCCGCCGAUGUUCCAAAAGCGAUGGCCGAGCCUCACAGAACGCCACUCCAGAUCACCCUGUUAGACAAAUUACAAUCCAGAACGAUAAAGAUGCAAAGAAGAAUGUUGAAGUCCAGGGUGGUUUGUGGUUUAGCAAAGCUGGAAAAGGACAAACUAGCGGGGUGUUUAGUCGUGCAGGAAUUAAGUCUGUCAAUUGCUCUUUUGGUAAAGUAUCAUGUAAGAUCAAGAUUCCUGAGUCUGGAAGUUUGAAAUCCAGAGACACCGGAUCUGAACAGCAGUAUGUAGAUUCUAAACAACCCCUCGACAAGAGAGUCGCAUGUCUUCCGGCUAGCAGUCGAUUGAUGACUAGAGCGCUGAAAGCAAUGGAAGACGCUCAGCUACAGCCGCCAUCUAGCCAAGAUCUCAAACAACAUCUGUCAAGUAGUGAACCUGAGAACGAUAAAUGCAUUACGAGAUGUGCUUCUACUGAAAAGAGAAAACUAAAACCAACCCAGCCAAACUUUUCCGCAGGGUCCAACGUAAAAGUGGACAGGAAAGCUAAAAUUGUUUCCAAGGCGUCUGUAGAUCCGUCCGAUCUGGAAGACAACGAAGUCAAAUUGGAAGACGAAUCUUGUUUGAUAUCCUCUGAACUGGUCGGUUUGAAAUCGUCAGAGUUAAAACAAGAGAAUCGAGGGAAUCGGGGGUCGAUGGUUUCUACACCAUCUCCGUUCCGUGUAAAUAUUCCAGAGGAGAACGACAUGAGAGAAAUAACCUUCAAGUCACUGGAAAACGAGACAAAUGGAAAGUCUGCAACAUUUCGUCCGGAUGUGAAUUAUAAAUACAGCACGUUCCUGAUGCUGUUGAAGGAUAUACAUGAUAGUCGAGAAAAAGAUGGCCGACCCUUAGUCAUGGAGCCGUUACCGCCAAAAAAGCUCAUUAAAGCAGAGCCCCCUGUGAUUUCAGAAAAAGUUCAAAAGGCUAAUACAGGUCGUGUUAAAAAUGAUAAAGAUCUGUGCACGUCGUCAGGUCUGAAGAAGUAUGGGCAGAGCAAAAGUUCUAGCUUGAAGUCCAAACAAAGAAAAAUAACUGGCAAGUUUGGUCCUGAUAUGAGGGAGGUCAAUGGUUGUGUUGUUCAGCAGGGUCCGAGCUUCUCUGUGUUACCAAAACCGGUUAAAAAACCUAGCAGAAAAAGUCAACCUGCUGUUAGGAAGAGCCGUAAUAGCAUUUCUCUGCCUUCUGGGUUGCCAGAACAUGCGAAAUCAGAUAAGGCGCCAACAGUGGGGUUCAAGCUCCUCACUGAGGACUUGGAGAAUAGUUUUUUUGGAAGUGUACCUAAAAAACGCUGGCAGAAGUUUGAACAGGACAACAGAAAGGCGGAGGCGGAGAACAAAAGCGAUCAAGGACCAGGACGUGCGCACAUAUUGCUUUCAGAAGAGAAAAGGACGGUGGAAACUGGUGAUGAAAAGACAGCACCUGCUUCAUCGAUAUCCAUGAACACAACAAACAUCACUCCGAAUGCCUGUGAGAUUUCUAGUUUCCCCACAGAGAGCAAACGCAUUAGAAAGCCAAGCAAAAGACUCAUCGAGUGGACAGAGGAGUACGAUCACAUAUUCGCCACUAAGAAGAAACCCAGGAAGCAGACGGAACCUUCACGGAAGGUUGUUAAAAACACUCCUGAUCACAUCACUGAGAAAUUCUCAGCUGCAAAGCAACACCUUGAACCCUGUGCAGAACCCUGUGCACCACAUCCCUUACCGGAAAUUCUGACUCCUCCUCCUGAAGAGAGGUCUAAAACUCCCCCGGUGAUAGAAACGACUUCGUGUCAAGAGAGUCAGGAGAUGGCUGUGGAUACUCUGACUCCGCCUCCGGAAAUAGAAACGUCAUCGUCUUCAUAUGGAGAACAUUGUUUCAAGGAGCAGCUUCUAAUUCAGAAUGGUUCCCACAUCGGCGAUGGCGUCUGUUUAAGCACCAAGAGGCAACGGAAGCCCACUAAGAAAAUUCUCGAGAGUUCUAUCGAAGCCGAACCGAUCCUGAUGCCAAAAAAGAAGGUAAAAGCCCAGAGGAACUGUUCUUCAGGACAUGCUCCAGCUCAUGCAGGCUUAGGACAAUCGAAAACUAAGAACAAGCAGCCUGCCGUAUGGACUCCUGAAGAGAGCGUCCCAAUUUCCUGCACAGCAACGGAGGCAGGCAUCACGCCAACGAACCCUGACACGCUUAACCCUGAGACAGCCAAGGACCGGAAAUGUGCUAAAGCUGAGAAAUUCGACCCUGGUGAUGAGUGCCCUGAGACGAAAAAUGAAUCUGCUUAUAACAGACUUUCAGUGGAGAAAGGGAGUGGUGUAUUACUGAAAGACAGUGUUUGUCAGGUUUGUGAGAAACAGGGAGAACUUCUCCUGUGUGAAGGCCAAUGCUGCAGAACAUUCCACCAACAGUGUGUCGGCCUGACGGAGCCUCCAGCCGGAAAGUUUCUGUGUCAGCAGUGCACUUCUGGCCUCCACGAAUGCUUUAUGUGUAAGAAGCUCGGAGAUGACGUGAGGCGCUGUAUGGUUCCUGCUUGCGGGAAGUUCUACCACGGAGAGUGCGUCGCCAGCAACGCCCUCACAGUGCCCUUAAAUCGAGGCUUCCGCUGCUCCCUCCACGCGUGUCUCGCCUGCUUCAUCUGCAACCCGAACAACCCUUCUAUUUAUAAAGGUCGACUGAUCCACUGCGUACGAUGCCCCGCCGCGUACCACGCUGGUGAUUACUGCAUCCCUGCCGGCAGCGUCGUCUUGUCCAGUAACAGCAUCCUGUGUCCUAACCACUUCACGCCACGAAAGGGCUGCCGCAAUCACGAACACGUCAACGUCAGCUGGUGCUUUGUUUGCUCCGAAGGAGGAAGCCUGCUCUGCUGUGAGUCCUGUCCCGCAGCUUUUCACCGCGAGUGUCUGCACAUCGACAUGCCCGAGGGGAGCUGGUUCUGCAACGACUGCCGAGCUGGCAAGAAACCACACUACAAAGAAGUGGUGUGGGUCAAAGUGGGCCGAUACAGAUGGUGGCCUGCAGAAGUCAGUAACCCUCGAGACAUUCCAGAGAACAUCCUGCGAAUGAGGCACGACGUCGGCGAGUUUCCGGUGCUUUUCUUUGGUUCCAAUGACUACCUGUGGACCUAUCAGGCUCGGGUCUUCCCUUACAUGGAAGGAGAUGCCAACAGUAAAGAGAAAAUGGGAAAGGGGGUCGACUCUGUUUAUAGGAAAGCUUUAGACGAAGCUGCUGAAAGAUUCCGAGAACUGCAGGCAGAGAAGGAACUCCGGCAGCUCCAGGAGGACCGGAGAAAUGACAAGAAGCCUCCUCCUUACAAACACAUUAAGGUGAACCGACCGAUCGGAAAAGUGCAAAUCAUAACGGCCGACUUGUCCGAGAUCCCACGCUGCAACUGCAAAGCAACGGAUGAUAACCCCUGCGGCAUGGACUCCGAGUGCAUCAACCGAAUGCUGCUGUACGAAUGCCACCCUCAGGUCUGCCCUGCGGCGGAGCGCUGCCAAAACCAAUGCUUCACCAAGCGCGAGUACUCGCAGGUGGAAAUCUUCAGGACGUUGUCUCGAGGCUGGGGCCUGCGCUGCUAUCAUGACAUCAAGAAGGGCGCGUUUGUAAGCGAGUAUGUUGGCGAGGUGAUUGACGAGGAGGAAUGCCGGGCUCGGAUCAAGCAGGCGCAAGAGAACGAUAUUGGGAAUUUCUACCUGCUGACACUAGACAAGGACCGUAUUAUUGACGCAGGGCCCAAAGGCAACCAGGCCAGAUUCAUGAACCAUUGCUGCCAGCCAAACUGCGAGACCCAGAAAUGGACCGUCAACGGAGACACACGGGUCGGACUCUUUGCUUUGGUGGACAUUGCUGCUGGCACUGAGCUGACAUUCAACUACAACCUGGAGUGUCUGGGCAACGGGAAGACCGUGUGUAAAUGUGGUGCGCCGAACUGCAGUGGCUUUCUAGGUGUAAGACCAAAGAAUAACCCUCCUGCAGAUGACAAGGGCCGUAAGAUGAAGAGGAAAGCUCACGCGAAGCGCAAGUCACAGCAAGAGCUGACCAAGGAGCGAGAGGACGAGUGCUUCAGCUGUGGAGAUGGUGGACAGAUGGUUUCAUGUAAGAGACCAGGAUGUCCAAAGGUGUAUCACGCAGACUGUCUCAACCUGACCAGGAGACCUGCAGGGCGUUGGGAGUGUCCUUGGCAUCAGUGCGACCUGUGUGGUCAGGAGUCUGCGUCAUUCUGUGAGAUGUGCCCGAGCUCCUACUGCGUGGAGCAUCGCGACGGGAUGCUCUUCAUCUCCAAGCUGGACGGCCGUCUGUCAUGCAGCGAACACGACCCAUGUGGACCCGAGCCUCUAGAACCGGGCGAGAUCCGCGAAUACCCCCCCAAACACGCCGACGCUUACCCAGUGAAGGCGUUACCGCUUUAUCAAAACACGGCACAUCCUCCGUCCUCCGAAGCUCCGUUGAUGUCCUCCAGCCCACCUUCCAGCCCUCCACUCCUUUACUCUUCAGUCACUUUUAACAGUGCGUACUCACCCAUAUCUUCUUGUGGGGAAGAAGAAAACUGGGUGGACCACGAGCAGGACCAGGACGUGGACGAGGACAUUGUAAAAAUUGCUGAGGAAGAUGAAGACUGCAGUCGGUCAAAAAGAGGUCUGAAAGUUUCACUAACUUUAGGAAUGCAUUCAGAUUUAUAAGUAUAGACGAGUAGACAUGAUUUCUUCUUCACUACAGAAACCGUAUUAGGAAAGAAACUGGAGAAAAGGAUCAUCAGCUCUGGAGGAUUUAGUUGAUUUUUUUUUUAUUUUGAAGUUUUUUGCACAAUUUUUUCGUGCAAUUUAUUGUUAGAUGUGCAAAGCAUGAACAUGUAAUGACUUUGUACGGAACAAAGUGUUUCCUCGAGUUCGGGACAAAAAGACCCGGAACUGAACGUUUUUGCACUCACCACUUUUCUAUGUUUUCUUUAAGAAGCCUGACUGGUUCCCACAGAGCCACAAACAAAAUAGGCCAGAUUCGAUGCUUUUAAAACGUGUGGUCGGCACUUAUUACUUUACAAACCCCUUUUAAAAGAAAUUAGAUUUAUUUAUUUCCCUUUAAAUUUGUCAUGUAGAAACUCCUCGAAGUCGAGGACUGGAUUUGCACAUUAGGUUCACCUGGAAAUAAAUCCAUUGAGGCUUGAAGAAAAUUCUGAAAUAUAGAGAAUUCGAGGAAAAAAUACAAUAGCGCAAGACAUCCUCUGAGGUUCUUGUGCGUCCAGUCAGUGUUUGACUUUAUAAUGCCUUAUAAACGUGCACUCAUACUGUAAUGAGCUCCAAUCGUGUUAAAUUAUUUAACACGUUCAUUUCGAUAAUUAGGUUCGGCGUCUUAAUCGGUUGCACAGCCAUUUUGGGCAGCAGUUUGCACUCCUGAGAUAGACGCUGUGGUGCUAAGAAGGCAGUGUGAAGCCAGUUAUCUCCUAAAAGCCCUGAUUUUAAGGAGAAGUCCACCCUGAAAUACAUUAAAUACAAUAUGGACAAAAGUAUUAGGACACCUGGCUUUAUCAGUAAUAUGUGGUUCUUUCUCAAACUGUUAGCAAACAAUUGUAUUGGAUUGUAUCUUUGGCUGCGUUAGCAUAAAAUUUUCCCUCCAUUGAACUAGGAGACCCAAACCUGUUCCAGCAUGAAAAUGCCCCUGUUAUUGAAGAUCCAUGAAGAUAUGCUUCCAUGGGUUGGAGCGCAAGAUCUCCUGCGAUAGAGCUCUAAACCCUACUGAACAUGGGAUAAAUGUGAACGCUGACUGCACCCCAGGCCUCCUUGCCUUCAUCAGAAUCUCACACAGAUCUUUAAAAUCUUGUGGAACAUCUUCCCAGAAGAGUGGAGGUUACCAGCACAUGGCAAUCUUUUGCUCAGGUGUCUACAAACUUUUGUCCAUAUAAUGUACGUUUAUACCGAAACAUUCAACCAGCUUUAAUAACACAACGGAUAACCGUCAACUUUCUCGCAAAACUAUUUCUCCGUCUAAUGUGGUGUUAGUGAAAAAUGUAGAAACAGCGACACCUUCCACAAUGCACUGCAUUGCAAUUCAGCUAGGUAACAGACGGCGAUAUUCAUAUGAAUAGUAAGGGAUAUUUUCGAAUGACUGAACAUACAGACAAGGAGGACGGAGCAUAAGAGGGAUCAAAGUAGAAAAAAAAGAGCCGCUGCAUCACUGUCUAUAGCUAGAGAUGAAGUAACUGUCAUUGUGAAUAUUGGGUAAAACCACUAGCAAAAGAAACGUCUAUAACAUUUUUAAAUUUCAUCUCAAAUCUGAAGUUGAAGUUGCUGCUGAAGUUCAUAUGUUCAUGAUGAUAUGCAAGAAGUUCAGGGUGGAUUUUUCCUUUCCUUCAAAAAGUCUUCGGCAUUCACGUAUCCAGAACACUUCGUCUAUAUUCCGAAAUAUAAACACAUGGUUAGUAAUUCACUCGAUGGCUGAAUGUGGUAGUGGAUGUUAAUCAGGGAGUCUUGGUCUUCUUCAGGCUGAACUGAAAUGUCCACGUGUAACCAGCACUUUAUGAGGAACACCACAGUAACGCUCCCGCUUUGCUUUCAGAACAGCCCCGAUUCCACAAAAACAUUCCUGUAAUGAUCAUGCUGCUAAUCUCCCAAAGGUGCUCUACUAGUGCUCCUGUUGUAGUACCUUGAACUAGUUGUUCAUUGAAGCAGGUUCAGAGGACUUCUGUGGUGCCUCAGACAUUUUAAAAGGUCAUUUGUAGACGGAUAUGGAUGCCAAAAAUCAGUACCAGUACAUGGAUAGGGUGUGGGAUUUGACUGGUUAUUAAAGGGGCAACUAUACACCAAAUAACCAUUCCCCAUAUCGUUACACAACCCCCACCAGCCUGAACUGCUGUCUCAAAGCAGGUUUGGUCCAUAGAUUCAUAAAUGCUUUUCCAAACUUCCAAAUCAACUGUCCAGUUUUGUUAAGCCUGUCCUCAACUUCUGAGACACCACAGAGAUCACAUAUGAACACUAAACCCAUGUGAAAUGCACUGCUGUCAUGUGAUUGGAUGUUUGAAUAAGCAGGGAGGAAGGUGUUCCUAAUAAAGUGGUCAGUAAAAGUAUUUUGUUGUAGAUUAACACUAUGCGAACCACAGAAGCAUGGCAGGCUUUGGAUUAGAAACGUACGGUCGAAAUAUUAAACCGUAUUUACGCAGUUGUGCUUUUUUUCGUUUUUUUUUUUUACCUGAGGCUAAUAGACUAGCAGCUAACAUCGUGCAGACGUUAAUUACUAAAGUUUUACUUUAAUUACACAAGCUAAUCAUCGAGGCAUGUAAAAAAAAAAAAAAAAAAAGCUAAUUAUGUAGCUAGUUCAAUCUGCUUUUUUUUUAUGGUCCCCACAAACCAAACUAAUAUAUAUAUAUAUAUAUAGCUACUAGAAGUGAUUAAGGGGGCCAAGCACUCACAAGAGACAAAAAUCAGUUGUUGCCUCAUUUCUUGUUUAUGCCCCACACACACACACACACUUUAGGUCACAUAUCUAAAACAGAAACUAUGUGACAAGCACGAUAUUGAUAUGUAAAACCUUCAGAAUGUCAUGAUGUGGUGCAAACUUCCUAACUGUUUUAGUCUUCAAAAUGGCUGACUUCCUGCCCAGCUGCCUAACAUGAUAGAAGAGUGCUUGGCCCCUUCUCAUAAAAUAAUCGCAUGACAUAAUUGUCUAGGUGCUAUACGUUGUACGGUUAGAAAAUUAGUAUCGGCCAUUUUUAAACUCUUGCUUAAAUCCAGGAUUAUCAACCAGACGGUCAUUAGAGUCCGUGUUAGCUUUACGUGUACGUGUUAGCUAUUUUACCUCCAGGACAAAGCAAUUUAAACACCAAACAAGACUUUUACUGAAGAACUCUAAAAUCUCUUUUUAGCACCACCUGCUGGUGGAACACAGACUACACCCCAAAAUGUGAACAAAAUCCCUCUACCAUCAUCCGAGCACCUCUUUAAGUGUUGGUGUGAUUACAUUCUUGUGUGUCUAUAGGUUUUGAAAAGUGGCUAGAUAAUGAUUUAUGGACAGGAAUAUCUGAAUUGUAUAUCUGUACAGUAAAGCUGUAUAUCAAAGUGACACUACAGGCAGAUCCUGAAGCUCGCUACAUGCUUGUUGUACGAGUCGCUGCGGAAAAUUUGUAACCGUAGCCAUUGGUAAUUUUUCUACUCGUAUCCGAAGGCAAAGAGCCUGAAGGCCUCUCUUUGCAUGUUGGGGGGGGGGAGCACUGUAGAGAUGCUAACAGUGUGUCGUAUUGCUUUUAAUCUAAAUUCGUCAUGCUUCUGGACCUGAACGUUAUGAACUUGUACACUGUACUAUUGUGUCGAACCGAGCUCGCUGUUAUGUUUUGUUUAUUUUUUAUUUCUGCCAUCCUUCUGCUUUGCAUUGCUUCCUCUUGGUGGAGAAAAAAAAGCAAUCAAUGCUGCCUUGUGAGAGCGUUUAAUUGUCCUGUAGCGCUUUGUACAUAAUAAAUGACAAAUACAGAAA